UGCAGGGAAAGGGACGUGGAAUGAGCAAUGGAGACGGACCGGAUGGGCAGGGUUCGUCGUCGGAUGCUGGUGCGGGUGAGGGCGAGGAAAGGAACUCUGGUGCGGCUGGUCAGAAGGACAUCGGGAGUGAUGAGGAUGCCGAAGCGAUCAGUGUCGAUCUGCAAAAGCUACAAUCGAUGAUUAUGCAGCUGAACGACCUAAACAAUCAGCACCAGCGCAAGAUGGGUUGUGGUGUGUGCGGUAAAGAGCUAGCGAACCAGUACCUUCUGCACGCCCACAUGAUCCAGGAGCAUGGACCACUCGGUGAGAACAACAACGGAGGGCUGAAGGGUUCCCGUGAACCUACCCCUUUGGCAUCGAUCACCGCCGGAACACCGGUGGGCGCGGGUACGGGCGAGAUGAUGGAGGUGUGCAAACACUGCGACAAAGAGUUCUCCAACGAGUACAUGCUCAAGCAGCAUCUGAUCGAGGUGCACGGACUACCCAGCAUCCCUAGUCCCAAGCGUGAAGGCUUCAUAACACCGGAGCGUCGUACUACGGGGGGCAGCGCUGCUGCUGGUGGUGGUGGUGCCGGUGCUGGUUCGACCACAGGAGCUGGAGCAGCGAGUGGUCCACCGCCAGCACCGAACUAUAACGAUCGCAAACCCACAUUCUCGAUGACACCGACCAGUAGCUACUGUGAAAUUUGCAACAAGGAGCUCUGCAACAAGUACUUCAUGAAGACGCACAUGCAACGCAUGCACGGCAUCGAGAUCGAGAAUGGUGCGCAGAUUGGUGGCGUCGUUUGCAACAUUUGCAACAAGGAGCUGUGCAGCAAGUACUUUCUGCGAGUUCACAAACACAACACGCACGGUAUAGUUGAGGAGGGCGCUCCGCUACCGCAAGCUCGUCAGAAUGGUGGUGCUGCAGCUGGUGGUGGUGGUGGUGGUGGUGGUGGUGACCAAACAAACGAUGGAACGGAUCCGAGUGGGCUGCUGAAACCGGGCGAGAUCACCGAUAGCAGCAACCGGUACUAUUCACACUUUACCGAAGUUUGUCCACUGUGCAGCCGCCGAUUCCGGAGUGCCAAAUGGUUGCGAGCGCAUCUGCUGAGUGAUCACGGUAAGCCGGGUGUCGAUAAGUUGAAAGAGCUCGAGCAAAAGCUUGCCAAUGGUCCCGGUUCAGUGACCGGUGCGAGCAAUGGUGGUGGCCGCAGCAAAUCCAGUAGCCCCUCGCUGAAGGUCCCAAAUGGUGGUGGUGGUGGUGUUGGUGGUGGUAUGUCGGAACCAAAGUUCAAUUCCAAAUCACCAUUCGGAGCGAUCAGUCCGGCCGAGGCGGCCAAAUUUCUGCCGAAAGGUGCGGGCAUUCCGGGGUUGUUUGGAACGGAACAGACACCCUCACCGAUGGGAGGUAUGAAGGGGUAUCAGUGUUCGUUCUGUUCCUUCGCGACACCCCUUCUGCCGCUGCUGUUCAUACACGAACGGUCCCACUCAAGCUUGACCAUCGUUCAGCAGCAACUUUUGCACCAGCAGCAGCAACAACAACAGCAACAAGAGCAGCAGCAGCAGCAACAAUCGGACGAAGGCCUUGGUUCACCGAUGGGUGAGGCAACGUUUCCGUCGCUGCUCAAGUCCGAGUCAGCCGUGUCGUUGGCCAAGGAACACUCGGCACACCAUCAGACACUGCCGGGCACUAACUCGUCCUCGAUGGGAUCCUCUUCCGAGACUCCUUCCUCUACUCCAGCCUCCACACCCGUUCCAUCGCUCUCGCAGGAAGCCCUGAAUCUGCAGCAACAGCAGCAACGCUCCCGUUCCGGUUCGCGCUACGAGUUGCGCCAAUCGCCGGACCCAGAACCGACGUCACGGAUGACGGAACUGGCGCACCUGAAACCCUCAUCGCCGAAGGUGGCCUCGGCACCAUCCCCGGCCACCGGUGGUGGUGGUGGUGGUGGCGAGCCGAAUGCUAUGCUCAGCGAGAUGGCCAACAUCACGCAACGGCCGGCCAUCUAUGCGCUACCGCAGCAGAGCGGACCGCUCAUGAUGCAGUCCUUCCUGAUCGAGGAGUCGUCGUCGUCGUUCGGUGCGGCCGGGAACCGCUCACCGAAGGACUCGCUCUCCGGGCUGACCGGACAGGAUCACAGGUUCGUACCAGCCGUUGUUUUCUUGCCCGUUAAGGAACGUAUCCUCACACCGAUGACAAUAUCGUUCAACCUGAGUCCCGCCUAA